UUAUUAGAAGGGGGGAAAAGACACUAGAGAGAAACAUCCAGCUUUCCCCAAAGGUCCAUGAAGACCCAAGUGCCAAUGCCAUGGUGUGUGAGCCCUCAGCGGGCUUUCCACAUCCUCUACUCCACAGCUGAGGUGGCCUUCUCAUAGCAGAGGCGGUACCAAACUGCUAUUUGUAACCUUGGUUGGAGCGUGCAUGCUCUUGGAUCCCAUUCAGCCUAGAAGCCCAUUUGGCCACCCUACAGAGCUCUAACUAGAUUGGGCCUGAGCUGCCUACAGUGGGGUACCCAGCUUGUCUUACUAGUCAAACUGGCAGGGCUGCUGAUUUCCCGGAGGGUCCUGGAACAUUCUGGAGACCCCAAGGAAAAGGCUUUGAGGGGUCUGUGAACUCCCUGAAAAUAAUGGGUCAAAUUGUGGGAAUGCACAGAUGUGCAUUUUUCACAGGAUAAGAGUCAGAACGUGGCCUUUGAUUUACCAAAGCGGGCCUUAACUUCCAAGAAGGUUAAGAAAGACAGGUUUAGAUCCUUUAGAGAGUUGUCUUUCACUUAAUUUUUUUAGACUCCACCAUCACAAGCAUUCUCUCCUGUGGCCACUGGUCCUUCCUAACCUGUGAGUUGGAAAGUUGCUUUCUGCAUUUUGCCUGAAAAGGCACCAAGUCCUGGCUCACUGGCCUGCUGGGGCUCAUUGUCCUCAAGGGACCCUCUCCUGUACUUGGAACCUACUUCCCACUGGGCAGAGAUUUCCUGAGAGGUAUGGACAGUGCUGAGGGGCAAACCCCCCUUCUCAGGCAGUUCUUAGCUUUGUGGCAUUUCCCAGUACCACUGCGGAGCACAAGAGUUCCAGUCAGUUUCACUCUCCUUGCAAGGUGGGUAAGGACCAAGCCCAUCUGGGGAAGGAUCCUGGGCUGCGUGGUCUGAAGCUUUUGGUACUCAAGUUCGUUGACCUCGUGGGCCUAGCCCGAUUAAAAUUUGUCUUGGCCUUGGGCGUUUGAGCGAUAUGGGGAGUGAAGGACAGAUCCUGAUCUCUCUCUCGGCACAGACCCCUCACUUGAUUCGGCUGCGCCGCUACUGCAGCCUCAAGACCCUGUCGGACUGGAGAGAGCUGACUCUCUCAUGCUCUCUCUCCCCUUUUCUCCCUCUCUUUUCUCUCCCUCUGUCCUUUUUUUCCUUCCGUUCCUCUCUUUCUCUCUCUAUCCCUCUCUUCUCCACCCCAGACGUCCAGUCCGCAGAGCCGGUCACCGCGGGGCUCAGAGGUGUAAGUGACUGGAGCGCAGCGCAAGCGGUGGCACGGCCUCCGGGUGCUGCGCGCCGAGCAGCCGCUGCCGGCAGAGACCGCAACUGCUUACUUGCACCUCAGAAGCCAGCACCAGGGCUCUGCCGCCAGCUCUCCCAUACGCUCUCUCUGGGUCCUCUCAGGCUCGGCUUCCUCCUCCGACUGAGUUCAUAUUGGGAGGAACAAGGCCAAGUGCCUGGCAAAUCACCCGGAAGGCAAGGGUCUUUCCCCGCCGCCGCCCUCAGCGGGAUCCCGGCGUUCAGCAGCUCCAGUCAAGCCCUCUGCAGGGACCGGAGCUGGCGGAGUGGGCAGGCCUGGGACAUCCUGGAGAGCUCUAGCCCGUAGGUAGGCCAGGGGCAAGGCAGCGACCUCCUGGGCUCCCUGGAUCCGGCCGGAAAAGGUCGCAUUUCCUGAGACAUGUAUGAGGCCCACACUUGGGGGCUACCGCCCUGGGCCUGCCGUUUCCAGUUGACUAAGGCCAGGGAAGAAGGAAGCCCCGGUGUCUGUUGAGCAAAGGGCCUGGCCUCCGAACGCGCCUAUAACUGGGCCAAGAGCCCAGCCAGGCCUCACAGAGAACGGAUUUCCUCACCGCGGGCCUCGUUAAAAUGCGCACACUGCGGGAGUGAGGGAUGCCCCAGCCGUGAGUUUGGAGGGGAGGGAGGAAGAGGGGAGGGGACCGGACCGAGAGGCAGGAGUGUGGUGACACCCGUUCUUGUCUUAGCCUCCGGCAGCGUGCGAAUGCCAAGGCUAAAGGGAGAGUUCGAGGAGAAUUGUGUGGCAGAGAUGUCCGUUUGUCCCCUCCAAGUUUCCCCCUCCAGGUCUUCGCCUCCCGAUCUGUGGCUGGAAGCGCCCCGCUCAUGCCGGAUGGAGCCGCCCGAAGGGCCGCCGCCGCAGCAGCCCCAGCAGCAGCCGCCGCCCCCGCCGCAGCCACCCCAGCCCCCGCCGCAGGCCACCUCGUGCUCUUUCGCGCAGAACAUCAAAGAGGAGAGCUCCUACUGCCUCUACGACUCGGCUGACAAAUGCCCCAAAGGCUCGUCCGCCGCUGCCGAGCUGGGCCCCUUCCCGCGGGGCCCGCCGCCUGAAGGCUGCGCCCUGGGCACCUCCAGCGGGGUGCCAGUGCCUGGCUACUUCCGCCUCUCUCAGGCCUAUGGCACCGCCAAGGGCUACGGCAGCGGCGCGCAGCAGCUCGGCGCCGGCCCGUUCCCUGCUCAGCCCCCGGGGCGCGGCUUCGACCCGCCACCCGCGCUCGCCUCCGGUUCUGCGGAUGCAGCCCGGAAGGAGCGAGCCCUCGAUUCGCCACCGCCUCCCACGCUGGCCUGCGGUGGCGGCGGCGGGGGCUCGCAGGGCGACGAGGAGGCGCACGCGUCGUCUUCGGCUGCGGAGGAGCUCUCCCCCGCCCCUUCCGAGAGCAGCAAAGCCUCGCCCGAGAAGGACUCCCUGGGCAAUUCCAAAGGCGAAAACGCAGCCAACUGGCUCACUGCAAAGAGCGGCCGGAAGAAACGCUGCCCCUACACCAAGCACCAGACUCUGGAGCUGGAAAAGGAGUUUCUGUUCAACAUGUACCUUACUCGAGAGCGGCGCCUAGAGAUCAGCCGCAGCGUCCACCUCACGGACAGACAAGUUAAAAUCUGGUUUCAGAACCGCAGGAUGAAACUGAAGAAAAUGAACCGAGAAAACCGGAUCCGGGAGCUCACAGCCAACUUUAAUUUUUCCUGAUGAAGCUCCAGGCAAUGCGGUUCUUUUUGCUUCCAGAGAGCCAUUCUGCUCCCUCUGUCUUCGGCUCUGCCCAGGAACUCGCACCUGUGCCGGAGCCCCAUUCCUCCCUUCCCACACUCACCAUCUCGCUGGCCGUUACAUCUGUGCAGGGCUGGUUUGUUCUGACUUUUUAUUUCUUUUUCUGUUUGCUUGGUGCUGGUUUAUUUGUUGUUUUCUGGGGGAAAAAGCCAUAUAGCGCUAAAAUUCUAUAUAGAGAGAUAUUGUCCUAAAUGUAAAGCGGUGACAGGGAUGGUUUUCUGUCUCGGGGUUCCACUGCUUGAAAUGGCCUCUGUCCUCCCAGUGGAGCUGGUUUCCUGCAGGGCCGGCAAACCUAGCCAGAAGGCGGCGGAGGUAGCAUUUUAGGCAGCUGAGGUGUCUGGCCUGAGGUCAAUGGUGCAAGGAGCCGCCACCGGGCUUGCCUACCUGGAGUGCUGGGCUGUUUAAUCAGGGGAUACAGGCCCCUGGGUUUCUUUUUUCUUUCUUCCUUGGCAAAGAGAAGGUCUUGCAGGCAUGGACAUGCAGGUUGGAAAAAGGGCUUGACUUUGGCUGAUUGGCAAAACUGAGAAAGUCAGAAAGAUUACUUUUUCCUUCCUCUGUAAGAUAUCCCAGCUUUAAAAGAAGAAAAGAAUGACCAGGAGAAGGAAACUUCUCUUCCAGUUUGUGUAAGGUCUUGCAUUGUGGGACUAAAUUACUUCACUCACUCUGAAUUUCCAUGCCCUUCUGGCUGUAGAUAAAUAAUCAUGUUGUUUUGUUUAUACCUGCAGAUUUAGUGGAUUUUUUUGUCAUUAAAUAAUUGUUACCACUGGUAACACACAACAAGCACACCAUUAUUCUCCCUAUCUUGUGGAGGUUUUUUCUCUUUUUUCUUUUCUUUUCUUUUUUGUUUUCUUUCUAAAAUUCAUGGAAGCCAAGGAGGGCUGGGGCAAGCGGAAUAGACUAGAGAAGGGAGACACUGUUGGGUUUCCUUUAUACUGUGAAGUUACUUGCAUAAAAGGGUCAAACCUGUAGGUGCAGAAAAAGAAAAAACUAUAAAAUACAAAUCUGUAUAAAUGUCUAUUAUUAUGAAAAAUUGCCAAUCUUGUUUUAUGCAAAUGCAUUCUAUCGUUAUUAUAAAUGUUAGUUCUAGCUCUAUUCUAAUCUUAAAUCAGAAUAAAUUAAUAUUGUAAUGCUGCUGUGCGUGGAAAAAGACGAUGUUUAUGUUCUUAUAGAAGAAUAAAAGCUGUGGAAUGAA